AUGGCGACAAAAGCGGCUUUCAAACGGCUCACUCGUGAAUACCAAAAUAUCCAAAAAGAUCCCACGCCAUAUAUUGUGACCCACCCAUCUGAGACUAAUAUCCUUGAAUGGCAUUAUAUCCUCACUGGACCUCCGGGGACUCCUUAUGAAAACGGACAGUACUGGGGUACACUGAUAUUCCCUCCAGAGUACCCAUUCGCUCCCCCCGCCAUUCGCAUGCACACACCCAGUGGUCGAUUCCAGCCUUCCACUCGACUCUGUCUAAGCAUUAGUGAUUUCCACCCGAAAUCAUUCAACCCCGCCUGGGAAGUUUCGACUAUUCUCAUCGGUCUUCUCUCUUUCAUGACCAGUGAAGAAAUGACCACAGGAAGUGUCAGUGGUUCGGAAAGUGAGCGCAGAGUGCUUGCCGCACGAUCUCGGUGGUGGAACUCGACCGGAGGAGGUUCUCAUGUCAGCGCCACUGCCGGUGUCACUCGAACUUCCAAAGGUAUCAACAAUGUCAAGGCGGGAGAUGGAGGCUUAAAGUUCCGCACAGAAUGGACCGAACUCGACCAGGAAAAUUGGGCUUGGAUGAAAGAGCAUCGCAUCGAUUCUGCCACCGGUCAGAUUUUACCGGAUCCCGACGCGCCCACCAAGUGUUCUCCAGAGACAAGUGCUUUACGUCGACGUCCCAACGGUAGUGCUCCUGGAAUUGGUUCCGUCGUGGAUGGUGGAAAUGUCGCGAGAGAGGCUGGUCAAGGCUGGGCCAGACGAAACCGAAUCUGGAUAUGUGUUGCUGUCUUCUUUGGCUAUGCGUUGAUCUCGCGACUAUUGAGUGAUAUGCGAUCCUCCGCUUCGUCUUCCAUACUGGAUACAGACUCCGGAGACGGUUUUACGUCAAUUUACCGUGGGCGUCCUGUCAGGUGGUGUGCUGGUUAUCCUUUGCCUCUCCAUUCAAAUCCCAACCCACCUACAUCAUGGUUUCUUGAUCCUUUCUUUACGUUGCCCGGUACUAGUGAGCUUCCUUCGAUGGUUGCACACUUGGUGUACUACUGGAAAACCAUAUUCGUACCGAUGACUUUUCCGAACACGAGCAAAGAUUCAAAGCAAGAGAUGGAACUAAUGGUUAGAUCCUCAUUCUCUGACCCGGGAAGUUUCUUUGGGCUGAUGAGCAUGUGCGCUGCACAUCGAGCCGUUCUCGCGAGCCAGCGAUCGGGCAAUUGGGACUCGGUGCUUACCAACGACCCUGACUAUUGUAUGAUGAGAGCAAAGUCCAUUCAAGAGAUGAGCGCAAAAGUACGGGAUCCGAAUCGCAGACUCAGCAAUGAGGCAUUUGAUACCAUAGUCAACCUCCUCACUGGCUCGCUAAUUAUCGGAGAGUUCAGCGAGGUCCAUACUCACCUAACAGGGCUUAAAAGUAUGGUCGACCUGCGGGGUGGAAUAACAGAUGAGAGUAUCCGUUCCUCCUCUAUGUUGUCUGCCAUCAUCACAACCGACAUCAAAGCCGCGUCAGGAUUGAUGACCAAACCUGUUUUCCCAUUGACUUGGGAUGCACAGCCAAUUCCUUCGGAGAUCCAACAGCGAAUCAGACCACUGGCUUCGUCCCCUCUCAACAGACUAGGCACGGGAUUUUCUGUCAACACGUUUCUCAGUCCUCCCUUACUGAAAAUUAUAAGUGUGCUUCGUGACAUGGUAUUCUUUAGCAUCACCUAUCAGACAAAUCCCACGGUCAUCAAACCUGGCGACCAAGACUUUUUCCGCAUCCUCAACUGCGAAACAGAGCAUCAACUUCUCAGCUAUAUCUAUGCAGAAGGUUCCCCCAACCCGGAGCCCAAUCUUCAUCCGAUCGAAGCAGUCACUCGAGUGGCUGCUAUUUGUUAUCUCAAUCAUUUUCUGAUUGUCUCGCCUUCAUCAUCUGGAUUGGGUCGAGCCCUUACGAAACACCUCAAAACAGCGUUGGAUAGCUGCAAAUUGUCUCUUCUUGUAGGACUGCCAAAGCAAAACUUCGGACUGUACGUUUGGGCAUUAUUUAUCGGAGCCCAAGGUGCCCUUGGACAGCCUGAGAGACAAUGGUUUGUGGAGCGGCUAGCCCGUGUCGCAAUGAUAUGUGGAUGGCAGUCGUGGGAGCAAAUUUCAAAACUUAUGGCCGAAUUUUUCUUCGUUACAGCUUUGGACAGCUUGAAUUGGCGCUCUAUCUGGGAUGAAGCAAUGACUGGAUUUGUGAUAUCCGAGUCGGAGGAACUGGAAUUCUCGUCUCUUCUUGGAACGGGUGCACUCUCCCUUACUUAG